GGAAUCUUUUUCUCAGUUCAAAGUAAGAAAAUAAUUUCUAAUUUAUUUUUGAUUAAUCACGCAGGUGCUUGUUUACCAUGAUCUUCUUGGUAUGUUACAACACCCUCACCAUGCAAAGGUGACUCCAAAAUUUUGUAAACAGUAUGCUCGUGUCGGAGACGUCAUCAAUAAAGCCUUACUGGAAUAUAAGGAAGAUGUGAUGAAUGGUUCAUUUCCUGAUGCUCAACACAGUCCAUACAAAAUCAGUGAAACUGAUGCUAAUGGUUUCUUAAAUGAGUUGCAAAAGUUAGGUUUUGACAAGGCUGCGUCUGCGGCAUCUGAAGCAGUUCAGAAGAUGGUUACAAAAUCAACAAAGUAACAAUUUAGUAAAGCUAAGAAUCCUCCUCAGUUUUUCAUUUGAUGUUUUUCAUUGUCUUCAAUGCCAGAAUAAACCAAAGGACAUAAGUGAAGAUAAUUUGGGCAGAACAGAUAGAUAGAUUUAAGUUAUUUUCUUUAGGCAAACUGCUUCAUUGGUCAAAUUCAUGAAAUUUUAUUGAUAUGUUACAUAAACAAAUUUUGUCACCCCACAUCAUAUAUGGAACCUAUAGAAAUCUAAUGCGAUAUCACUUAUCACGAAAGAAAAUUCUUGAAGCAUUGUAUCAGAGAAAAAUGUUGAAAACUGAUUUUGAUCUGUUCCUUUUUA